CCCCAACUUUCACUCCUUUGAUAUCAGUUCCCAAUGAUACUGAUAUGACCAAAGCCACAAAGACUUAUGCAAAAGAAUUGCAGAGACAUCUAGUGACAUUGCAACAAUACUCUGCACACUCCCAGUCCUUACCUUUGUGGGAAGCUGUUCAUUCUUUUUUACCAGGUGAUCCUGUGUGGGUAAAAGCAUAUAAGAAGACUCCGCUUCAACACAGUGGCUGGGACCCUUUGAAACCCUUCUGGUGAGCCCUACCGCUAUCCGAGUGAAGGAGCUACCCACCUGGAUCCAUCAUACCAGAGUCAAGAGGAGCCCCGCUAGGGAAUCUGACCUGGAGAAAGGUUCCCCAGAAACAGACGGCGUCGGACUUCAAGGGAGCUAUGCACGUUCACCCCACCGUGAACCGGGUGAAUCAGAAGCAGACGACAUCUGUGCUCAAGACAAAUGGACUGCUACCCCUUUGGGCGACCUGAAGCUCCCGCUGCAGCUAAAAAAAACCUUGAGUUGGUGGUGUCCUCUCAGGGAAAGAUGGCCCUGUUCUCUAAGCUGGGUUCUUGUGUUUUUAAUGUGUUUAAGUAUUUGUUAUCUUUCUUUUCUGGUGGUACGGGGAGUUGAGACUAUAGAAUCACACAGUUCUAACACAUUUAUACGUCUUGCCCAUGAAAUGAAAUCUUGUCUUCCCGCCCUACAAAACACUUCAUGCUGGGUGUGCUCAUUAAUACCAGCAGAUAGCCAAAAAGGUCUUCCCAUGGUUCCUAUUCCCUUUAGUGCAAUAAAUAUGACCUGGACCCCAUCCUGGAAGGAUUCUACAGGCAAUUUAAAUAUUACCUGGGCUGAUACCGGCAUCUCUGAAAGCAGGUAUCUAAUAGCUUGGAAACGAGUUGGUAAAUGGUGCCUCUUAAGAGAAGGGAAAAUAGCAACCUCUUGCACCUCCGCGUGGUAUAGAUUCGCAGGUAACAAGUGCAGUCUGCAUGGGGAAAAACGUUUUUUGUAUAAAGAUCAUAAGUUGAUUGACUAUUACGUUAUAAAUUGCAUGCUUGGGUAUAACCUGCCAACUCAUACUAUGUGUCUAUGUUCCUCUAACGCCUCCGCGGCUAAAUUCUCCCUCCUCCCAUCUUGGACCGGAUGGUACGAACGUAUUAAUAAUACCUGGUCCAAAGUCACUCCUACCCUUUUUGGAGUAUACUGGGUGUGUGGUAACAAAGCAUACCUAGCCCUCCCUCCUUCCUGGAGUGGAUCCUGCUACUUGGCUUGGUUAGAACCACCUGUAGUAUAUCGCACACGUCUCCCUAAAGGAAGAAUCAGGAAUGUAAGGGGGGCUGAGGAAGACGUAAAUGACUCUCACCCCCUUACUUGGCGUGCCCUAAAUGACUGGACGGGUGCUUGUGCAGGAUUUGUCUUCGCCUGUGGAGGUGCCACCAGGUGUAUUGGGGAAGGAGUCAUGAGACUUCAGGGCGUGUUGGAGAUGAUGGCGAAUACCACUGCCCAGGCCUUAGUAGAUUUGGCAACCAAACAAAAAAAAAAAAACUAAGGCAGAUGGUUCUCCAAAACUGCUUGGCCUUAGAUAUUUUGCUGGCCUCUCAGGGAGAAACAUGUACGUUAAUUGGGCAAGAAUGCUGUGUAUAUGUUCCGGACGUUUAUAGUGCCACCUGGGAAAGAGCAAACCACCGUAUGCAAGUUGCAAAAGACCAUGGAGGAGAGCGAGUCAACUCAUGGUGGAGCAAUUUGUUCAAUUGGGUUCCAGAUAUAGGUGGCUGGUUACAUAACUUGCUUCGCAGUGCCGUUGUGAUUGUUUGUGGCCUAAUAGUUUUGUAUGUUAUGCUAAGAUGUGGCUGUUAGAUGGGUACCAAGCUGUGCCCUACCAACCGGUGAAUAUU